AUGGCGGAAGGUAGUGAGAACAAGGGGAAGCCGCUGAUGCUAGUUGCAGUGGACGACAGUGAGCAUAGCUUUUAUGCAUUGGAGUGGACGUUGGACCAUUUCUUUGCUCACGGCACCAACCACCCUUUCAAGCUCAUCGUCAUUCAUGCUAGGAGUUCUGCCUCUUCUGCCCUCGGCGUCGCCGGAUUUGGUUCUGUGGACUUUAUGACUUAUUUGGAGGCGGAUAUGAAGAAAUCCACUAGUAAGACCGUGCAGAAAGCUAAGGAUGUUUGCACCAGCAAAAAGGUGGAAGAUGUAGAAGUGGAAGUAAUGGAAGGUGAUCCCAGAAAUGUUAUGUGUGACGCUGUUGAUAAACACCAUGCCUCCCUUUUGGUUGUUGGCAGUCACGGUUAUGGACUUGUAAAGAGGGCAGUUCUUGGAAGUGUAAGCGACUACUGUGCUCAUCAUGUUAAAUGCUCCGUCAUGAUUGUGAAGAAACCCACGAAGCCCUGA